AUGUCUGCGAACCGGGCUGUGUUUGAUGUGUUUCAACGUUAUGACAAAGACAGGAAUGGCGUGAUUAGCCGGGAGGAGCUGGUUGAAGUGCUGAAAACCUUGGACGAAGACAGCUGGGACGAUACCAGCAUCGACUCGCUGCUUGCUGGGGCCGACAGCAAUGGUGAUGGUGCUCUGCAAGUGGUUGAAUUUUUGAGCUGGAUCCUUGGACCGACUUGGGUUGAAAACCCUGAACAUUUAUCAGUUGCUGUAUCAAUGAAGUUGUCAACCACGUCAAAUCCAGCCCAACAGACAAUCAAGGGCGUUCAGCUAGACAUUGAAUUUUUUGAUAAAACACUUGAUCAGGGCGAAACUUGUGGCCAGCAGAAAAGGUUCAUUGAGAACAACUGUCACUUCUGUAAAUGA